AUGGAUACAAAUCUAUUGCAAAUUAAUUUUAGGAAUCAGCCUAUUUCACCUUAAUUCGCACUUAAGAGAUCACUGUCUAAGAAGAAUAUUGAGGUAUCUACAGGGUUUUAACUUAAACUCAAAGAGAUAAGUCCAAGAGGUAACAAUGGUAGUUUGAGUAGAAGAGGUCAUAACUCCCCACUUUUAAGAUAAAAUAGCUCUCAUGGUUUAAAGCUCUAGAGAGAGAGCUCACAGUCUAGUUAAUCCAAAGGCAAUAAUAAAGCCUUUGGACAGAUAUUUUCCUACUUCAUUAAGAGAAAUGAAUUUAAGACUAAUCUAUUUAACAUCAAUGGUUUUAACGAUUAGAGUCAUAUUCAUGUCAAAGAUGAAAUCAAGGAGAGAUUGCAAUCUGUAAAAAAUCAUGGGAUGAUGUUUGACAACAUGCCAAGCAUUAAUUAUGAUGAAGGUGAGAAUGGGUGGAAAAGUAUUUAUUUGGGUAUCCUAUCUCCAUAUAGCAAUAAAUUUUAGAGAUAUGUUGAGGAGGCAAUUAAAAAGGCGAAAGAGGAGCAAUCUCAAGGUUAGUAAGGGGCUAUUGAGGAAAAAAUUAGAACAUUUAAAAGGUCAAUCACAAAUAAUGGAGGAGGUGGUCACAUUAAUAGAGGUCAAAAUGCUCCAUAGUAAGCAAAAAAUAAUCCUAUUUGGUAAAAAAAUAAUAGGACAUAGCAGACCCAUCUUCGGACCAUGGAGGAUAAAAAAUCGUCAUUAAGUUUACUAAAAUCUAAUUCAUUACGAAGCAAUGUAGUAGAAGAGAAACCAAAAAAUACACUUGAAGAGAUCUUUAAACUCUCUGAUUUUAAGAAAAGCAAACUAGUCAAUGAGUUAAUCAAUGGAAAAUUAAGCAGAUCAUCAAUGGAAUACAAAAACUUAAUGAUGAAAGUUGAAGAAAACGAUUAUAUGAAAAUACUAUUCAAAAAACUUUUAAUAAAAAAGGCUUUAAAAAAUAAUUUUGAUGCUGUCAUUGGAGUAUCUAAUUCUAAAAGAGAAUUAUCAAAAAUAAAGGACUAAAAAGACAAGUUGAUAUUUAAAAGUAUGACAGUGGAAGCAAUCGAUAAGAUUCAGAAAAAAAUAUAAAGAGCUGGGCUUGACCCUACUAAUCCUCAUUUCUAACUAGAUUGGGAGAAAUUUACCUAUGUUGAUUUUGAAAAUUGCAUUUCUAAGUAGAUAAGUGAUUAAAUCAAUAGCAAUCACAAUCAUUAAAUAAAAAAGUAAAAACUUAGAAAUGCCAAAAGCAUGGUUGAUUUCAGGAUCUAAGUUGAGUACGAUGAUAAAGAGGAGGAACUUGAUGAAUUUGAAAAUAAAGAAAAAGCUGAAGAAAAAUAGAAUUUCAUUGAUGCUCAUUAUUUGAAUAGGAGAAAAAGCUGUUAGUGCACUUGCUGUGGAGGACUUGAUAGCGAACCAAUAAGAAAAAUGGAUAAAACAGCAAUGGAUUAGCUAAAGUUAGGAAUAUCUCAUCUAUUAAAAUAAAAACUAAUAGAUCAAAAAUCCAAUAAAUUUGGCUUGAAAAGAUAAAGGCUAGGAAAGUUAGAUGACAAUGAUGGGGUAAUGGGAUAAAAACGAUUUAGCUUAAAUUUUAAUGGCAAAAGGAGACAAGGAAUAAAUGGCUAAAAUAUUGGCAUGGGUAGAAAUUCAGCAUCGAAUAAGAGGAAUAGUGGCUCUGGCUUGAGUCAUUUUCCUUAGGGUAGAAAUAGAAUUCAAUCUAUUCCUGUAAGAUUCGAAGAACCAGGAGCAAUAAUAACUAUUGAUGAGUUGAAUAAAUUUGGAGGAAUACCACAAGCGAUUGAUACUAAGCAUGACUAUAGAGACAUUUAGGUUUCAAACUUUUUCAAUAGAAUAAAGGACAUUCAAAAGAUUAAUGACGAUGAUGAUGAGAGUGAAAUUGAGAUCAGCUUGAUAAGCAGUCUUCAAACAUCUUAUGAUUCAAAAGAAGAGGAAGAAAUCAAAGCUAGUCUUAAAUAGAAAUCUCAAACUAAGUCUCAAUAUCCUACCUCUAACAAAAAUUAAAAGCAUAAUAAUUUAAAUGCUUUUAGCAGUUACUUUGAAAAGUUAGACUAAAAAGAUAAGUAAAUUGAUAACUCUGCUAGAUAGAGAAAUAAAAUGAGGAUAUUUUUCAACUAGAAAGGAAGUUUCAAAAUAUAGAAGUUUUAACAGAUAUCUAAACAAAGUAUACCUAUAUAAAACUUCAAGGAUAAUGCUAUUAAGUUAAACAAGGAUUUGAACGACGUUAGUAAAAAUUAAUAAUAGGACUUGCCAGCUGAGUACAGUAAAUAAGAAGUUUAAAAACUUCUUGAGAAGUUCAAUAAGAACAUAAAAAAGGUAGAAAUUUAGAAAGAGAUUGAUUUAACAUCGAGACCUAAUACAAAAUCUAUGUACCUCAGGUCUAAUUCGGUUAAAUAUAUUGAUUCAAUAAGACUGAGAAAUCCAAAGUAAACAUAUUUGAAUAUAUAAGAUGAAAAUAAAGUUAUUGAAAACAUAAAAAGUAAGAAAUCAAAAUCUAAAUCAAAAUCAAAGAAAGACUACCCCAUUCUGAUGCAUAAGUUUCCAGGCAGUACCUCAAAUUCCUCAAUUUAAAAUAACAGGCUUACAACAGCUACAACAUUUUCUAAGCCAGUUAGUCGUAAUUUCCAAAGAGGCUUUGAAAUGCCUAUCUCUAGUAGUAACUAUACUUAUGAAUUGUAUAAUACUGCUGAUAAUGAUUUUUUCACAAAGCGAUAAAAUCUUUAAUCUCAAAACAUUAAGAAAAGACCAUUAAUGAUGAAUCAGUUUAGUUAAUAGGCUAACAAAUUCAAGACUAUAUAUUCCUGUUGGAAUGACAUUUAAAAGAAACAGUUUUAAGACAGUAGUAAAAAUAUUCAUUAAGUACCAGAUGACUAAUCAAAAUCUUAAAUUUAAUCAUAAGAUAAGUGA